AUGACUCCUGACUGUUUUGCUGUAAUACUGGACCAUCUUCAAGAUGAUAAAGCAACAUUAUAUUCAUGUGUGCUGGUAAAUCGAUUGUGGUGUCGUCUAGCUAUCCCAAUUCUUUGGAGUCGUCCGUUUAAUCUAGUUUCUCAAAGCAAAUUAAAUACCAUAGAAAGAAAUGCAGCACUUAUAAUAUCAACUUAUGUAUGUUGUUUCUCUGAGUUGGAAAGGCAAAAACUUAUAGAUGAAGGUUUUGAUCUACCUUUAAAUUUUAAUAAUCCAUUUUUCGAUUAUACGAGGUAUUUGAAAAGCAUGGAUGCUGCAAUGUUUGAUUAUGCUGUUCAACAUUGGGCAAAGUUAAAUUCACGUGGUAAUGGUUGUUGGUUCAACAUUACUACAUACCUGGCAAAUUUGGCUUUUAAACGAACCAUAGGAUUAAAAAGUUUGAAUUUCACUCAUAUGAAAGAUUUUUCAAUAGAUUCUUUAAAUCUUUCAUCAUUUUCUGAUACUUAUCAUGCACUAUCUCAACUUUCAUCUUUUGAAUUUAUCUAUUAUCCAACUGUUUCUUUUUUCAAAGACACAACAACUACUUUAAGUUCAAUAUUCUCUACCCUUUCCAAAUGUGCAACUAAUUUAAUAGAUCUUAAAAUAUCUAUUAAUAGGCGCUGUGCGCCUCCGAUAGAACAAAUAUUCCUAUUAAUAAAAUCACAGAACAAAUUACAAGUUUUGAAGACGAAUCAAUUUUGGUGUUCAGUAGAGGAAUCAGAAGAAUUUUGUGCGGCCUUAAGUACUCAAGCAAAAUCUUUAAGGUGGUUUGAAUUUUCAGAGAUUACUUAUAUACCUAUGGAUUUGGUUAGAGUUCUUAUGUCUUGUCAUCGAUUGGAGACUUUGGAAUUUCGUGGAUUAGAUCUUUUAAAUCUUAGCUCUUCGUCGUCGUCUUCUUCUUCAAGUAAUCAAUAUAUAACAAAUUAUGAUGAUAAUUUUGAUGAAUACAAAUUGAAUAGUGAAAGUUUACAUGUAUUUAGAAAUUCCUUGCCUUCUACUGUAAUUACGGUAAAGGAUUAUACAAAAUUUGGACAAUGUAAAUCUCAUCUUGUAUGGUAA